AUGCCGUGCGAUACCACCAUCUCACCCGCCUAUGACCCUUUGAGUCAAUACUCCUACAGCUCCUCCGCUUCGUCAUCCUUGGCUUCAGCCUCAGUGUGGUCAGGCUCCGACACCGCAUCGCAGACCUCAGACGACACCUCUACUUCCACCACUUCGUCCGACAGCGACCCCUGGCAAUCCGUCUUCCUCCAGGCGAUUCGCCGUCGCCCUGAGGCGCCUAGCCAGCAGCAACAGACUGCGCCUAUCCCCAUUCCUGCUGUCCCCGCAGAACUGCGUCAAAACCCUAGACGGACCGCGAGUUCCAGCAGCAGCUCGGGAUGUCACCCUCCCUCGCUAAUCCGGCAGUCGGAUCGCAAAGUCAACUUUGUCGACAGCCUCGUUGGUAUGUUUUUCUCGCUAAUGACCAUGAUCCUCUCAGAACCAUCGUACUUAGCCUUUACCGCGACAGAUUCCUCGACUCAGAUUGUCGAAGCCAUCUGGCCUCUUUCUUCUGCUCCAUGCCGCCCGGAACCUGGCAAUAGAACCGUGCUCCCGCUGCGGACCUUUAUCCAGGAGACUCUUCGGCGCUCACGUACGAGUUACUCGACGCUGCAAGUCGCCCUGUACUAUCUGGUCCUCAUCAAGCCUCACGUUCCCAAGCGUGGCUUUACCACCGAGCAAUACGAGGACCGCUACUCUGACCGCGCUCUUCAGUGUGGUCGGCGCAUGUUCCUCGCGGCCUUGAUCCUCGCUUCCAAGUACCUUCAGGACCGCAACUACUCGGCACGUGCCUGGAGCAAGAUCUCCGGCCUCGGCGUCCAGGAGAUCAACCAAAACGAGGUGGCUUUCCUCCUCGCUGUCAACUGGAAGUUGCACAUUACAGACGAAGUCUUCCAGAGAUGGACUGAGAUUGUUCUGAAGCAUACACCACCUCCUCCGCCGCCAUCGCCGGACGCCUUCUCUCAGCCUCUAGCUCAGCAGACCAUGAGAUGGAAACAUGCCAUUCUCAGGCUGAAGCCUGAUUUGACCAACGUCGAGGUGCUCAUGCCUACUGCUACUGCUACUGCUCAGCUGUCAGCUGCCAGAUCCAGUGAUCUUUGCGCACUCUCGCCUCGUAGCAUCCUCAAUCUUCCUGCAGAACAGCAGCAGCGACGAACUCCUUCGGUCCUGGCUGAGGAAGCAACUUGCGAUCCCAAGUUGACCACAAAGUACUUGCCUCCUAUGGAGCCGACUCCCAUGAUGGCCGGAACCUACUCGGCCACUCCCGGCAGAAUGGCCCCGACUCUGGGUCUUCUCCCGACUCCCCGUCUCACGCCGCAAUCAAGUGGUAUGUGCACUCCUGCAGCGAGUGCUGCAUCCCAAGUCCUCGGAAGAAGCAGCGCAAUGGGUUUGGCCAUGGCUCAGGCUGGUGUCACCAGCGCCGCCGCCCAGCAUCUGGAACGCUUCCCCGCGACAACUCUGUCUACUUCUCCCCAGAACUUCUGCCCCGCUCGUCGAUCUUCGCUUGCCAACUCCAUCUCGACCAUGUCCUCUCCCGAAUCGAUGGUCUCGGAUUUGUCUCACACUUCUCGCUCGUCCUCUGUUUCGUCUGCCUCGUCUCUGGCUAGCGCGACCCUCAACAAUCCGUUGAUGGCUCAGUCGCGAUUCCGAUUGAUGAAGGCGAUGAAUGAGAGAUCAAGCCUGAAGACGACUAUCCACACCGUCUCGGAGAGCAGUGAAGAGUAUGGUUUCUCGUCCUCCCCCGAAUCGUAUACCGGCCCGGUUGCGAAGAUUGGAGGCCUUCGGACGGAAACCUCCUUGUCAGCAAGAUACGAGCGCGAGCUGGAGCGCCAGUCGCGAGAAGCCGAUUCAGAUGCCGCGCGCACUCUGCAAGAUCUGCAUAACCAGAGCAUCCGUAGCGCUUACUACGCUCCCGAGGUACCCAAGACUGGAACCAAGCGUAGCAGAACCGCAUCGCUGGACCAGCCUCUCCAGGACCACGUCCGCGAGAUUCUGGGCGCACCUUAUGGAAGCACUACUCGCUUCCAGCAGCCUGUCCUAUCCAGCGCGGCAGACACGAGAAAGAGACUCUGCUGCUCCACCGAGGCAGCAACCGGCUACCAAGUAGCAACUGGCAACCAUAACUAUGGCCUCCGAGAGCCAAGCUUUUGGGAGAUCCUCAACUGA